AUGGCCAGCACGGCCGUGCAGCUGCUGGGCUUCCUGCUCAGCUUCCUGGGCCUGGUGGGCACGCUCAUCACCACCAUCCUGCCGCACUGGCGCAGGACGGCGCACGUGGGCACCAACAUCCUGACGGCCGUGUCCUACCUGAAGGGGCUGUGGAUGGAGUGCGUGUGGCACAGCACGGGCAUCUACCAGUGCCAGAUCUACCGCUCGCUGCUGGCGCUGCCCAGCGACCUGCAGGCGGCGCGCGCGCUCAUGGUCAUCUCCUGCCUGCUGUCGGGCGCCGCCUGCGCCUGCGCCGUCGUCGGCAUGAAGUGCACGCGCUGCGCCAAGGGCACGCCGGCCAAGGCCACGUUCGCCGUGCUGGGCGGCGCGCUCUUCAUCCUGGCCGGCCUGCUCUGCAUGGUGGCCGUCUCCUGGACCACCAACGACGUGGUGCAGAACUUCUACAACCCGCUGCUGCCCAGCAGCAUGAAGUACGAGAUCGGGCAGGCCCUGUACCUCGGCUUCAUCUCCUCGUCCCUGUCAAUCAUCGGCGGAACCCUGCUCUGCCUGUCCUGCCAGGACGAGGCGCCCUCCAGGCCCUACCCGGCCCCGCCCAGGGCCACCACGGCGACGGUCACCGCACCCUCCUACCGGCCACCCGCUGCCUACAAGGACAACCGGGCCCCCUCGGUCGUCUCGGCCACGCACAGCGGGUACAGGCUAAGCGACUACGUGUGA